CUAUGCUACAAGCCAUUUUUCACUAAUAAAGUAAUAAACGUAGUAUUAAUGUCCUUAUACAGUAUGAAGCCAACCGCAAACCGUCUUUCAUGGAAAUUCAAACGUUGACUAUCAAGCCGGAUUUGAGGUGCGGGAAGAGAUAAGGGCAUGAGGGCAUGACUGAGUGCACGAAAGGAGGGAGCAUUUGGCUACAGAAAAUUGUUUAUUAAGACCGGGUUUCUUUCAAAAAUGGUGCAGAGUCUCUGUUUGAUGGCAUCUCAUGGUUACCCAACUGGCCUUGUCUUACACCCACAACUGGGUUUGGCGGGCACCAACAUGAAGGGCUACCAAAUAUCCUUUCCUUCUCCAGUAGCGAAAGUCGACCUAAUUAGAUACGAGUCUCCUUAUCUCAAGCAAAGCCCAUGUGGAGAGUCAAGGAAAUUCCAAAAUGAAUGGGUUGAUUACAAUGAGGUUAUUAAUGUUGACUUCUCAGUUCAACGUCCCGUGCUUACUGAUGAAAAAGCAAACUGCUCAAGUGCAGUCCUUUUUGGCUUUGGAAUUGUUGCACAAUGCACUAAGCGUGAUAACAUUAUAAAUUUGCUAAUGUCUGAGACUGCUGAAGCAGGGAAAGAUGGAGCAAAUUUAUCUUUGUUAUCGAAGUUGAUGAAAUUGCAGUUGUCAGGCAAUGGUGAAUCUCGGCAACCAUUGUCAUCCCUUAUCUAUCCAAGUAAUCAAUUAAUCAUUCAGAAGCCUUUACUGCAUUUUGUUCAAGCUUCAGCCCUUUCUUCAAAGAUCACGGUUCAUCCAGAUGGUCAAAUCACAUUUAUGGGUACUGCAAUUGAGUUGAAAGAUCUUGUCUCUGUAGUUGCUGAGUCAUACUUAUCAAAAAGCUCACAAAAGGGUGAAAAGCAAUUUAUACUUGUUCCACUCUUCAAUUGGGUGAGUAUCAAUGAAUUAGAGAGAAGUCAUCCCUCUACAUUGAAGAAACAAUCCACCUUGACUGCUCCUUUAAAGAGCCCUGAGAAAGUGAAACCCAAGCCAUCUCCAAGAAAGAGCAAGAAAGUAGGCAUGGACAGGGAUCGCUACAGAAACUAUUCAUAUGCAUGCGAGACCCUUCUGACCCUGAUUGUGGACAAGAAGCAGCGUGGCAGGACAGCAAUUCUCUCCCUGAAGAAAUUUAGCUCUGAGCUUUUUGAUCUUCUGAUACAGUUUACUGCCAGUAUUGGUGGAACCGGCGUUGCUUUUCUGCUAUUUGUAGUGCGUAACCUAGUUGGUGGAAAGGCUACCUUCUGUGCUUCUAACUUUUUCAACACUGGGUUUGGAUUGGGGUUGCUUUGUCUUUCUGGGGCAGUAAAUAAGCUCAGGGUCACAAUUUCGAGCAUCGGCGAGAGCUCAGGAGAGUUUGGUUUGAAAGAAGAGAAAAUGAUGCAGAAGCUGGAUGAGAGCAUAAGAGAUAUUUACUAUACUGCUGCGGCAUUGCUAGCAGUGGUGAUGCUGAGCUUUGCUUGAGUGGCAUCUCCGAAGACUAGUUUGAUGAAGUGAAUAAUGCUCAGUUAUUUCUGGUUGGUUGGAUGUCUACAGUGAUGGCAUUGGUGAAGCAAAGCAGACUGUUAAAGAACAAAUGUUCCAAUUAGUUUUACAAUGAGAUCUUCAAGGUACAAUGCUGAUCAACAAUCCGCUGUUAUUUUCCUACUUGCAAUUAACUCGAGUAUUCCUUAGUAUUGUAGCUUGUAUAGAAAUUUGCAAUGGAAUCAAUAAAAUGACUGCUCUAUUUUCAUCGUUAAAA